UUAGGAUUGAACGAGUUACAAAACACAAGCAAACAGUACAGUGUGACUUAGUGUAAUUUCAAAGCAGAUUCAGAGAGACGCGUCGUUAACCUUCAUUUAACUAACUGUGGUCACCGGAAUAUGUCAACCAAUGGAUCCCACUACAGCCGCAGCUCCGAUGCAGAACGACUGUGAGACAGAGUCAAAUUCAGUCUGGAGCUGGUGGCCUUCCUGGCGUCCAACCUCCAUGUCCCUUUUGAAGACUACAGAGUCCAAGAUUCUUGCCUGUAUUCAGAAUGACCUAUGGGCAAGGUUUGUGACCCUACCAAACCAGGAUCGAAUAUGGACUUUAACCCUCACCAACAAGGCGGUUCGCAAACCUGCAGCUACUAAGACUCCCCUUGUAAUGGUCCAUGGCUUUGGAGGAGGGGUAGGGUUGUGGAUCAGGAACAUGGAUGCCCUGAGCCGGUCACGGCCUGUCUACGCCUUUGACCUCCUGGGCUUUGGCAGGAGCUCCAGGCCUCCGUUUCCCUCAGAUGCUGCCAAGGCAGAGGAGCAGUUUGUCAACUCCAUUGAACAGUGGAGAGAAUCUGUAGGCCUGGAGAACAUGAUUCUGCUGGGGCACAGUCUGGGGGGGUACCUAGCUACCUCCUACGCCAUCCAGUACCCUUCUAGAGUGUCACAUCUUAUCCUGGUAGACCCCUGGGGUUUCCCUGAGCGACCCCAGACACAGGCCACGGAAAAUCGCGGUCAGGGGACAGAGGUGGUGAAGAGGCCAUCCCCUCCACGCUGGGUGAAAGCUAUUGCAACGGUGGUUUCCUUCUUCAACCCACUUGCUGUCAUUAGAGCUGCAGGCCCAUGGGGUCCAGGGUUGGUGAACAGAUUCCGUCCUGAUUUCAAAAGGAAAUUUGAAGAUCUGUUUGAUGAUGACACUAUGACACAGUACAUCUACCACUGUAACGCACAAACCCCGAGUGGCGAGGUGGGUUUCCGUGCCAUGUCCGAGUCUCUGGGAUGGGCUAAGAGGCCUAUGCUGCAACGGGUUCACCUGCUGCCGCCCUCCAUGCCCCUCACCAUGCUGUAUGGAGAAUGGUCCUGGGUGGACAACUCAUCUGGGGACAGAGUGGUCCAGAUUAGGAACCAGGCCCACACCAGAGUGAUGCUGAUAAAUAAAGCCUCUCACCACGUGUAUGCUGAUCAACCAGAAGAGUUCAACAGAGUGGUCGAAAAUAUAUGUAACUCUGUUAACUGACUGAGUGUGUGUGUGUUCAUCGUGGUGGUUUCAGCAGUGUAACCUCUGCAUGUGAAGCAUGCUGGACGGUGUUGGUUUAGGGCAUAUCUAGAAAUCAUGUGAUGCUAUUUAUCAGCCAGUGUAUUUAGUAUUAGUAAAUUUAUUUAUAACAUAUGACUGCAAUUAUUUGUUAAUGUCUUUAUACAGAGUAUUAAUUGAACUGCUUAUUCCAGCACUGAAUGAUGUUGCCUGUUUUAUGUUUUUAACCAUAAGACACCACUGUGGAUACACUGGGUAUAUGUAUAACAGUGCAGCCAUGUGGCUAUUGAUUCACAUAUUUUACAUGUGCCUAUCAUCAACCAUUGAGUACUGUAUGUCAUAUUUUCUUUGACUUCAGUUUUUCUCUUAUACCUUUCCCACUGUAUCAAAUAGUUAUUUGUAUUUUAUACCUUUAAACUAAUAAAAGCUUUUUUGACAACA